AACAACAACAAACACAAAGAAAUACAACAAAACCACUUCAUGAAUGUUCUGACCAAAGUAACGCAAACUACGUCGUAAUUAAAACUUCACUCUCUUUGUAGUCGAUCAUCUCAAAGGGAAGGUAUUAGCACAGGCAGCCAGGUUUUAUAAACAAACGCACAAACGAUGUAUAACAAACUUUUAACCAAUUCAAGAACAAUGUUAAUUCUGUAUAGAAUAACCCACAACAAAUCUGAAAGGUAUAUAUAAGUGCAUAUUAUAUGUGUUGCUCCACAUAGAGCUUGUGUCUGCGGAUACAAUAAAAGUUCAGUAUGGGGAGUCGAAGCGACAAAAACACAUGUUCAAUGCAACAUAUUCAACUUGUAUGUGAAGCUUUGAUAAAUUCGAAACAUUUUGAAAGACUUGAAAGGUUUUUGUGGGCGUUACCACAGGGAAAGCAAUUCGAUCAAACAGAAAUUAUCGUUAUCGCUAAAGCGUUUCUUGCAUUUAAAGAACGCAACUUUCAAAGAUUGUAUCAGCUAUUACAGAGUAAUGCUUUCAGCAAAAGGUACCACCGCCAAUUACAAAUUUUGUGGAGGAGUGCACAUUACAUGGAAGCUGAACUACAACGAGGGAAACCGUUGGGAGCAGUUGGCAAAUACAGAAUACGAAGGAAGCAUCCUCUCCCAAAAACCAUCUGGGAUGGCGAGAACAUGUCUUACUGCUUUCAAGAUGAAGCACGUGACAUCUUAAAUGAAGCCUACGCCAAAACAAUCUACCCAACGGCUACAGAAAAACUGACGCUGGCUGAGAAAUCAAAUUUAACUGUGACACAAGUAAGCAACUGGUUUAAAAAUAAACGUCAAAGGGCGAGAGCGAAUAAAGGCAAAAAUGACAAGUUAACAUUCACACAAGACGAAGAAAAAAGACAGAAAGGAUUCUCUUUUAGCAAUGACGUCACAAAAAAUAUCAGACCAAUCGUACUUCAACCGAGACCGAUAUCGCUAGAAACUUUAUACAACGCAAGGAGACCGUAUGCUACAAUAUAUCGACAAUAUCCUCCUCUCAUACCAAUAGGACACAAAAGUCAACCCAUUCCAUUAUCAUCGCAUCAAGCUUUUAUACAAAACCAUAACCGCUCGCGCUCUACAGAAGAAUAUUUUCAUCACAAUAAAGUUGAAUCGCACGUGAAGUAUGUUCCGUGCACAUGCAACAUGGAGCUUUCUAAAGACAGAUUUAGAUUUAGUUUUUAAUCCUAAACUCUGUUAUUGUACAUAAAAAACUUGCAAGAUGUAAAUAGUGUAAAAUAGAAAUACAAGACGUAAAAUGACAGUCUCUAUUUAAAUGACAGGCCGUUUUAAUUGUCAAUCAAAUGUCAAGUAUCCCAUAUAUCUGGGAUUUAAUUAGUCGUUUGCCACUUGGACUCUGGCUGUGCAUUAGUUGUUCAUAUCUCGUUACUACGUGUCAAUAGAAAGCUAUGUCGUAAAGAGGAAUACGCAUCGCUUUUGCGGGAUGUCACAGACGUAGUAUCCACGCCUUUUUUACUGAUUUGUCAUAGGGAGAUAGCAUCGGACUGAUAGCACAAUCAGAAGAGUAAUGGCCUGGCAAGCGAGGAGUCGUGGGUUCAAGUCUAACUUGAUCUAUCAUUUUUGCAACAUUUUGAAAGCUAAUGUGCAGGUUUACUUAUAUCCCAGUUCUUAUUUCAUUUAUCAAAUCUUUUGAUUAGCUAACUUGAACGAAAUUCUGUAACCAUCUAUUAUCUAUCAAAUAUGUGAUAAACAAGUUAACAAGAACCAUGUGUUGCAUUGUACCUCUAAUUAAAAAAAUUAAAAAUUUAAAUUAUAGGUCAAAGCAUUCCUAUAUGUUUGUUUAUUUGUUUUUCGUUUUGUUUUUCAUUUGUUUUGUUUUUUUAUUUGUUUGCUUGUUGGCUUAUCUAUAUAAUAAUACGCCAGUUCUGUGUCUUUGUGACAGGCAAA